AGACCUGUCGCUACGCGACAAAUAAAAGCACAAAGUGCGACACACAUAAAGAUAGCUUAUAUAUAGCAGCGUACGUCGCAGUCUCUAUUUACAAAACGCACCCGCACAUAUUAUGCGUCUGUUCCGGGGCUUCUUGAACAAUGCCAAGCAUAACCUAAAAAACAACCCGGUGCAAGAAACGUCCAAGCAGCUGGCAAUUGAAAUAAACAGUAACGUGUUUGCGACGAUUUCAUUCGAAAAGGUCGACGAAAACACGUACGACCUUGUUCACACAACUAUUCCAGAGGAACUACGGGGACGGGGGCUGGGACACAUUUUUGCAGAGAGAAUAUUCGACCAUCUCGCGGGCAACGGCCGCAAAAUUAAGCUCACCUGCGAGUUUCUGCAGGAGUAUUUCGUUAAAAACCGGGUCAAAUACUCGGGUCUCAUAAUCGAAGAUUUCGAGACUCGCGCGGCCCCAUAAUGAGCGACGAAAAAUCGAUAAUACUCUACCACUUCCGACACAAAUUUUACAAUCUCAUGCUGAACGUGUGCAAAGAAGCCAUGGCGCGUCACUCGACCGACGUAUCGUUUCGCUUGUACCACGCUCUCGGCCUCUUCCUCACGAACCGCCUCGAAGAGGGCGUGCACGACUUGGAAGCGGUCCGCGAAGAGAACGGCGUGAAGCUGGCGUCCACGAUCGCCCUCGUCUACGGGCACCAGACCCUGGGCGUGCCCAACCAGGAGCUCUACUCCAAACUGGACACGCAGAUGAAGGAGCUUCGCAAAACUGCCGACGCGGACGACUAUUUCCAUUCUGCGUUCGUUCUCCUCGUCCUCGGCAAACCGGAUAAGGCGCUCGACUAUGUGGAGAGGGCGCUGGCGUCGAAGGGCGGGGCCGAAUACCUCGCGCUCAAGGGCUGGUUGCUGCUAACUCUGAAGACGGCCGGCGACAACGCGAAAACCGUCUUCCACAACGCGCUUCAGCUGGACGGCAACCACGUGACAUCCGUCGUCGGUUACAGUGAGUGUCUUCUUCGCGCGGGCGACACCCAGGGGGCGCUCGACGUCGUCAAUCGCGCAUUGGUACGCCGGGACACCCAUCUACUUCUUCUUCAAAAAAUCAAAAUUCACUUCGCGCGGCGCGAUUGGGAUCAAUGCUUGCACAUAUGCGCAAAAGUGAACGUCGCCGACGGCGACGUCGUCUACGCGAGUUUGCACGAGGCUUUGAUCGCUCUGUGCGGGGCGUCGCCUUUGCGCAAAGACCUGGUGCGGAAGCAUUUUGAACUGCUUGAGAGGUGGGAGCCGAGCAACCAUCGUUUGGUACUGGAGACAGCCGCCGUUGUGGCAAAACUAUGCUGCGGAGACGAGGCCGUGCUCCACGAGACAACCAAAGCUCUCGAGGACGUCGUUCGGCGGCACUCCGACGACGCCGACGUCGUCGUGGAACUGGGUCGUCAGAAGAUGGCGCUCGAUCGGCCGAAGGAGGCGUCCAGACUGUUCAAAUCGGCGACAAGGAUAGACGAGAGCUGCUUCGAAGCGCUGCUGGGGUUGGCCUUUUGCGAGUGGCGCGAAAACGGCCUCAGUGAACAGCUCCGACAGCAAGUGCAUUACCUGCAAGGGUUUAAAGAGGCAGAGGAGUCGCCGCGGCUUCUGCUUCUCCGCGCCAGAACGAACCCGGAGAAUGCCGUCGUACACCUGGAGCGCGCGUCCGCUCUCAAAGUCCAAACCCUGGAAGCGUUUUACUACUCGGACACCUAUCUUCUAAACCUCGAUCCGGAUUUGGUGCUCGACGUAGCCAAGGAGUACCUGAAGCUCGUUCCGGGCGAAAAACAGGACAAAGCCUGCGCUGUGCUGGAGGCGCUGGACGUCGUCGUCAAAGCGUGUCCCGGCUUGGUGGAGGCUCGCAGCACUUUGGCCAGGGUUCAUCAUUUUCGAGGAGACGACGGCGCGGCGCUAAGCGUCCUCGAGGGAAAAUUCGACGUUUUGCCCGGUGACGGAAUACUCCUGAUGGCCCAGAUACAAGCGAAACGUGGCGAAUUCGAUCGCGCCUCCCAAACGCUCGAGGCGUGCGUGAGCCGCGAUUUUGGAGUACGCGAGAGCCCCGUGUAUCACUAUGUCACGGCGUUGAUUGAUAAAUAUGCGGGAAACUACGCGGACUGCAUCAAAGCUCUGACGACGGCGUUGAACUUGGUCGAGGGAGACGUCGCCCUGGUGGAGAAGGCGUCCAUCUACGUCGAGCUGAUAGAUACGCUCAACGUCAUCGGGCAGCAGGAGCAAGCGAACCAGGUCUUGGAAAAAGCGACGGAAGAUUUGAAAGGAACCGCCGAGGAGGCGUCGAUCCUCCUUCUAAGCGCCGACAACCUGGUGGCGCGAAAGGAUAUCCAGGGCGCGUUGGACUUGCUCAAUGACAUGGGCCGCAGAGAGGCGAAGAUCAAAAUGGCGGACAUACUAUUGAAGUAUAGAAGAGACAAAUACGCUUUCGUGCAGGUGUAUCGUGACCUGGUGGACGAGGACCCCAGCGCGGAGUCGUACUUGAUGUUGGGCGACGCCUACAUGACAAUCCUUGAACCGGACGAUGCGUUGUUAAACUACGAGAUGGCGCUAAAAGAGAACCCGAAUGACGCCACCUUGGCCGGUAAGAUGGGCGGGGCGCUGGUCGACGCGCACUAUUUCGCGAGGGCCGUGGAGUACUACAAGAAGGCCAUCAAGGGUACCGGCGAUAGGGAACUGAAGUUGCAGCUGGCCGAGUUGUAUUACAACCUAAAGGAGUACGAGAAAGGCGAGCUGCUGCUGCUCGACGAGUUGGAGGCGGAAAAGAUGGACGCCGACCUCGAGGAGUUGGGAUACCUGCGGUACAAGUCGAAAGUGUUGUACGCGCUAGCGCGGAUGCAGGAGAAGUCGGGCAAUUUGUUUUACGCGGAGAAGACCCUGAAGGAGGCCAUGGAGAACCAGACGCGCGUCAAGAAACGAUUGGCCAUCGAACGGAACGCCGUCCCCGAUGCCGAAAUUGCCCUCCUGGUGGAUAUCGCUCUGAAGCUAGCGGACACCGCUAUAUCCCUAAAGAACCACGAACAGGCGGUCAACUACUACAAAGAAAGCCUGACCGUCUCCCCCAACAACAUCUCGAUUCUCGUCGCCCUCGCCAGGCAAUACAUGCAGAUGAACUACUUGGAACUGUGCCAGCAGACGUGCGCGAGCGUCCUCAGGAUCGACGCGGACAACGAGGCCGCUUCCGUCAUGAUGGCGGAUAUCGCGUUCCGCAAGGUUCACUCCAAAUUCUUUAAGGUCGACUUCGACAUGGCGCUGUUUCACUUCACGCAGCUGAUCGGCAAACAGCCGACGAAUUGGGAGGCUUUGGUCCGUCUCUUGGAAAUCUCCCGGCGACUGGGCACCAUCGCUGACGGCGAAGAACACCUAGACGCCGCCGAGAAACGCUGCGCUGUUCCGUCGAAGGAGCCGGGAUUGAUUUACUGCAGGGCAUACUUCGAGUGGCACUCUGGUAACCUGAACGCCGCCCUCAAAGACUUUAACCAGGUCAGACAGGACGGGGACUUUGGGAGACGCGCCCUCGUCAACAUGAUCGAGAUAUGUCUGAAUCCGGACGACGAAACCCUGGCCGAGCAGUUCAUGGACAGCGACGACAUCGAGUACAGAGACUCGAGGACGUUGGCGCUAAAAACUGCGGACAGACUCAUAAAAGAACUGAAGCAAAGAUCGGAAUCGAAUGCGGAGCAUCUACUGCAGUGCCGCGUGUUGGCAAACUUCCGCCUCCUGGCGACAAAGGAAAAGUUCAACAUCGAACGCGCCCUAGAGGAUUUCGUGGCCAUUGCGUCACACGCCAAGGAGAACGUCGGCGCCAUAUUGGGAAUGUCCACCGCCUACACGUUGCUGAAACAAGGGCAGAGGGCGCGGAACCAGCUGAAGCGGGUGGUGAAGACGACGUGGACCUUCGAAGACGCGGAGUACCUGGAACGGUGCUGGCUUCUCCUCGCCGACCACUACAUCCAGUCGGGCAAGUUGGAGGCUGCGCAUGAUCUGGUGACCAAGGUCGUCGACCACAACAAGGCGUGCACCAAGGCUUACGAGUACCUAGGGUUCAUCGCGGAGAAGGAGCACGGCUUCAAGGAGGCGGCGACCAAUUACCAGAGGGCGUGGAAGACGGGAGGCGGUUCGAACCCGGGGGUCGGCUACAAGUUGGCCUAUUGCCUGAUGAAGGGCAAAAGGUAUCCGGACGCGAUCGACGCCGUUUACGAGGUGCUCAAGGUCAGCCCCGAUUAUCCCAACAUCAAAAAGGACAUCCUCGACAAGUGCAUGAACAAUUUGCGGGUUUAA